GACUGAAUACUGGAAUGACAGAGAGCUUUUUUUAUCGCUGCGGAGGAGGUUACUAUUCAGAAGUGUCGAUUUCGCUGCUCUACAGAUUAGUGUAUCGCAAAUUAUCGCGGCGCCUCGCUUGUACGCAGGCAAGUUCGCGUCCCCUUGAUCCGUUCAGAGCUCUACACACAUAGCGGUUUUCCCCUAUAUGCUUCUGCGUGCUGCAAAAGGAAGGCAUUCUACGACCACAUAUGCAAUUAACACGCACCUGCCGAGAGUCUUGGCGGAGGUACCUCAGUUUGCCAUGAAGGUGCUGGGCGUGGAGUUCGCGCCGCUGAACGUGCCGCUCAAGCGACGGCUGCAGACGGCGAGCGUGCUCUACCUCGCGGUGUCCUUCGUGUUCGGAGGGUUCUUCUGGAGCGCCCUGUUUGCCUACGUCUUCUUCUACACGAGCUACUACUACAUACCGCUGCUCUACGCCAUCUGGUAUCUGUACGACCGCGACACGCCUAAGCGUGGCGGCCGCCAGAGUCGAUGGGUGCGCCAGUGGCGGCUCCUCAAGUACGCCGGCGCCUACUACCCGGCAAAGCUGGUCAAGACGAGCGAUCUGACUCCGGCCAGGAACUACAUCCUGGGAUACCACCCGCACGGCAUCAUGUGCAUGGGUGCCAUGUGCAACUUCGGCACCGAGGCCUCCGGCAUCGCCGACCUCUUCCCGGGCAUACGUAUUCACGUCCUCACCCUGAACGUCAACUUCAUGUUCCCAAUUCAGAGGGAAUUGCUGAUGUUUCACGGCCUGUGUUCUGUCGACAGACAGAGCCUCGACUGGAUCUUGACUAAGCAGGGAACGGGCAACGCCGCCGUCAUCGCGGUGGGAGGGGCCCAGGAAUCGCUCGAUGCCCACAAGGACAGCUACAUCAUCACUCUCAAGAACCGGAAGGGGUUCAUCCGAUGUGCUCUCAAGAGUGGCGCCGACUUGGUUCCUGUUUUCUCGUUCGGCGAGAACAACAUCUUCUACCAGCUGAAGAACCCGCGGGGCUCGUGGCUGCGAUGGCUGCAGGAGAAGCUGAAGAGCAUCACGGGAGUCGCCCCGCCCAUCUUUUACGGGAGAGGAAUCCUGCAGUACACGUGGGGAUACAUGCCGUUCAGGGAGAAGAUCGUUAGUGUCGUGGGCAGCCCUAUUCGUGUGGAGAAGAAUGAAAACCCCACCGAUGAGGAAGUGGACCUGCUGCACGAAAAAUACAUGGCGUCGCUGAGGCAGUUAUUCGAGGUCCACAAAGAACAAUAUGCUUCCAAAGAAUGCACUCUGACAAUCGUUUGAUUAAGCCGCAGUCUAGAGGUCAUUGUUACGAUUCAGCCACAACACAUCGCCAUGACGAAUGCAGGGAAGACAUGUGGCCGCAUCAAGCACGGCAAGCGCGUUUCAAUACGUAGGUUACAAGACCGGCUAUAUCUGUUCUAGUCACUAAAACGUUCACAAACUGCGAACGACGUUCAUUCUCAUUUUUCAGUUCACCAGACAGAUUCCUUUGCAAGACUGAAAUGCCAAGCGUGCUCGCAAGAUUCCUGUUAUGGGGAUGACUGCUUAACACUGUUCUUUGCAUUUGGUACCUGAUACAAAGGCUGCUAAUUAAACUAUUGGUUACAGCGGCUCACACGAAACAAUUCAUCAGGUAGGCCUCCAUUAAGGAGAUCAGGACUCCAAUAUAUGGUAUUCAGCAUUGUCGCACGGCGAAGGAAGAAUUCAUUGCGAUUUUUGUAGUAGCGCACCAAUUCAGGCAAUAGAGGCAAUUCAAAAUUACGCAAUAAGUGCACGCAAGGGAAAAUUACUUGGAAGACAAGAAAAUUGUCUUCGUACGUGGGUAAGGUUAAUUGCUCUAAAGUAUCUUAGAGCGGGUAUAUGCGGUAAAUAGAGCAACACAGUUGUAUUGAGACAUCCUGAUAAGCUGAAACCUCGCUACCAGCGCUUUCAUUUCUGUUUCAAGAAAUUCUGCCUUACUGGGUUGCGACGCAAAGAUGAAGUUUGCUAGCGUCUAAUCAUCAUCACGCAGUAACACCUAAAUCACUGCCAUAUUUAACAAGUGCCCCCCCCCCCCCCCCCCCCAAAAAAAUAAGAAGAUAUUGUAAAGUAAGAACAUUGACUGAGUAAUCACGGUGGAAAGAUGCCGUUUUAACCAGAAAAAAGCGCAUAAACACACGCAAGAGAGAUGCUGCUUUUUCUUGUCGAAGGAGGUGAAUGACACAUUACACAACUGGUAUCACAGGCGUCAUUGUGACCCUUUUUCUUCCCCUCUUCCCCUUCCCUUACGUAGAGUAGCAGGCCAGAUGCUCCAUUAUCCGGCCGACCUCUCUACAUUUCCAAUCAUUAAAAUACUUCUUCUUCUUCUUGUCGAAGAGUAAUGGCAAGCACAAGAAAGAGACAUGUGUACGAAAGCUCUAAAGUCAUUCUUUAUUUUAUAAUAGAAAACGGGAGUGAGACUUGUCCGUACAUGCUCUGACUAGCAUGUAUUGCGAGCAUCAGCCCUACGUCGGUGAUUUCGCAAAUAAAGGCUUUUUUUUCGGCACCACAGGCUCAGUUACCAACCUUAAAAAAGUUCCCCUCGAAGAAUACAUAGCAAACUGACUCCCUCUUUAAGAUCUGUGUGCUUUAUAUUCUCCGGUUUGCACAUCACUUACAGGCUACUGGUGCAAUUAAACGCUCAGCGGUAUCCUUAGUGGCAGUCUUAGGGGCACCUGCUUUGUCGAAGGCAGUUGGGUUUAACUUUUCUCCCGGCACUGAUAUACUUAGGUUUUCCUUUGAUGCUCAGUUUAUUAUUAUUGUUAUUAUGUUUUAUACAUUAGCUCAUCCCUUGGCAUCACAAAUUUUCUACGCGUCAUAGUGGAGUCCUGUCUCCCGCGUUAGACGGUUCCAGAAAGAGCGCGUGUGUGGCCCAUGAGUCUCGUUGGGUAACAUGUAGGGGCCACUCGGGAUGCGGACUCACACGGCACAGGGGACACAUUGACGGAGGGUUAAAGAAAUUGGGGGGGGCUUUACGUGCCAAAACCACGAUAUGAUUAUGAGGCACGCCGAAACGGGGAACUAUACUGAUUAAUUUUUGGCCAGCUGGCAAUGGUGCACUUAAAUGUAAGUGCACGGAUUUUUUUUUUUUUUUUGCAUUUCGCCCCCAAUAGAAAUGCGGCAGCUGCGACCGGGAACGAGCCCACGCCACUUCGAGCUCGAGAAGCACUACGGCAUAGUCCCUUGGGACUAUGGCGUAGCGCUUCAAGAUUUAAGAUAUGCUAAUUUCCGUGAAAUUUGCCGGAUUCGAAAUAAAGUUGUUUCCAUCCAUCCAACUGCGAAGCAGCUGGGCAGAACCAAGGUAACGUUGUUUGCCGGCGCUUGGAGAUACUCAGAUUAUUUUUUUGCAUACCGCCUAAUUAAAUAAUUAGUCUUAAUUAAUUAAUCACUUUAUCAAAUAUUAAAUUUAGAUUAAUAGCGUCAAUCAGAGAAAUGUAGAGCAACGUGAGAAACUUCCGAUACAGCUUUGUGUUGCUCAAUACGUGCUACGUGAAAGUGUUUUUGCCGAGCAGGAAAGAAGCCCGCGAAUACACGCAAAGUACCUGGAGCGACCGGUCGCGCGGUGAUUUGGCGCGCUGCCUAUCGCGAUCUCCCGAUUAGAGACAGUCGCGCUGCACAUCGCUCCGUUUUGAACGUGCCGCACGAAAAAGAUUCUCCGCGCCAUCCGAUAUAUUGCGAAAUGGAAACACGUGUAAUGCUGCGCUCAAAUUUCGCAUUAGGGAGUAGCGUAAUCGUCGGUGAACAGCAGGCUGCGCGUUACGUUGUAUAGCUUCCCACGCUGCUCUCUAAUUGAGACAGCCGCUAAACCAUUUUGCGUGACGAUAUUUAGGUAAUUUAGGAAUUUAACGCAACGGCCGUGGAAUAAUACAUUAUAUUUGGCCUUUCACACCCGCCGUGGUUGCUUAGUGGCUAUGGUGUUCGGCUGCUAAGCGCGAGGUCGCGAGAUCGAAUCAUGACCCCGGCGGGCGGAUUUCGAUGGGGGCGAAGCGCGAAGCUUCGCGUUUCGCCCCAAUCGCCCCCAUCUUACACGGGCGUCUAGACGCCCGUGUAAGAUUUAGGUACGCGCUAAAGCACCCCAGGUGGUCAAAAUUAAUCCGGAGUACGCCACUACGGCGUGCCUUAUAAUCAGAUCAUGGCUUUGGCACGUAACACUUUUUUUUUCAGCGCCUUUUAUGUCACGUGACUUCAAACAGCAGGCCCACUUAGUAGAGAGAUACGCGUUAACGCCGGUCGGACGCAUUUGGCGCCAUGGUAGUUGGCAUGUUGUUGACCUGCUACUGACGACGCAUGCGUGGCCUGCGCGUGGGGAUUUUAGGAGGCCUCCAGAGAAGCGCAGUGGGUCUUGUUCCAAAAGUGACGAAACAAGGUGAACGCUCAGCCGGUUCUAUAUACAGGAGUUACGUGCGCAGCGUUCUGGCUUCAACUACGGGCAUCAGCGUUGUGCGCACACAAUAGCGUUCGUGAUGAGCAGCUGUGUGCAAGUACCGCACCGUGUUUGAACGUAAGGCUAAAUUUAUGUAACAAUUUAUUUGGACGGUGACUAACGUCGACGUCUCUUCUAGUUCUUUAAUCACAACUCGUGCCUCAUCGACACACCAGCGUUCUGAGGCGCCUUCAGUGCAACGUUAAACCUUGCUAUCGCUGUCAAGGCCUCGUCUUCUGGUAAGACUGACAAUUUAUAGCGCCUCAUUUUGCACCUUCUAAUUCUAUUGCGGAACGUCUGUACGGGACCUGGGAGUGACUAGACUAUAGGUGCUCGUAAAGUGCAAUCGAGAUACUUAAAAUGUGCAACGAUGUGCAUCGAUGUUCGAGAUGAUAUGUUCCUGUAUUGUGUGAAAUACUGGGUGCAGAACUGUAGCUAGAACAGCGGUGCAUUUCACGACACGUGUUCUGUCUGUAUUUCUUGGAAGUGGUUCUAUAGGCGCAAAGUUUCUAGCAAAAUGGUAUGCUAUAAGCAACUGGAUUGACUUCCAUUCUGCGGUUGAAACAUUCUACCUAACGAGUAUAAUUAAAAAGUAAAGAUGUUUUCAUUAUUAAUACAAGUGCCGCACAACGUUUGAUUUUCUCAAACGCAUUCGGUUACUAAAAAAAUUAGCACAAAAAUGUCGCUUCAGAAUAAAUUUUAGCUGAUGUCAGUGACUCUGGGUGUAUUAAUUGGUUUUGCCAUAGGUAUAUCUUGUAUCUGAAGAUACACGAUACUUCGUAUGAUGUAUUGAAGUUACAGAUACUGAUACAUGUAUUGUAUCAUGAUGCAGAUACAAGAUACCCAAAGAGCAUUCUUAAGAUAGUAUCCAAGAUACAUAAAUCUUCGAUACUGCCCAGCCCUGCAUCUACGAAGGUGGCUAUGUGCAUAAUAAUAUACCGUGCGAUGAUGUUGAUGGACAUGUAUGGUAUUACUAACUUGUUGCUCGGCUUUUUCAUACUCGUCAUGAUGUAAAAGAUGCGAAAGAAAUGAAGAUGUGAUAAAGCAGCGCAAGCAAUCUCUAAAAACUUCCUAGCCGUCAAGACAUGUUCAUUCACCGUUUGCGGUUCGGUACCGCGCGUUCUACAAAAACACUUUCUACAUAAACUUUAAACAGCUGAUAGUCCGGAAUGCACUUUUGGCCACGCGGAUGAGGAUGUACAGCAUGUUCUUGUAGAAUGUCCGCGAUACGACACACACACACACAGACAACGCUUAGCACGUGAUUUAGUGGCAUUAGAUAGCAGGUCUUUCAGCCUCGGGAAGAUCUUAGGCUCUUGGCCAGCACAGUCAUUGGAAAGACGAGCCUUACUGGCCCUUCAAACGAGCAGUAUUCUCGGGAACUAUGGAGUAGAGUGUUUAAAUGGGAUAAGCGCAUUCUAUAGCUUUUCUUUUCUUUUUUGGACUCGACUUUGUCCAAUUCAAUACCUGGGUUUAUGUACCUUCUCAUGAAUCUAAUCCGUGAUUUCUUAUGUGCCCUGAUUUUAGUCUAGUUAUGUGACCGGAUUUUGUGUUUACUUUAGCGCACAUAUGUGACUGGACUUAGUGUUGCAGUGUUUAUGAGUUGACUUUCAGUUUUAGUGUAGCAUUAGUCUACUUAUGGGACUGGAUGAUGAUGAUGAUGAAAUAAACUUUAUUUAGUUGGUGUUA